AUGUUUCUGAAGUUCCUACGAAGUAAUCUUUCUGCACGAAGCGUUCACUUUGGUAAGCAUUUCAACCUCCCAAACCCCGAAGAUAUUGCUUUUAAUUCAAUUUGUGUGAAUUUAAGGCAAAGAAAAUGGAAAUUCCUAGACCAAAUAUUGUCUUCAGAUCUCACAAACUCAUUAGUAAAUCGUGUGGUUUCAGAAUUUCGAAUGUCACCAGAGCUAGUUUUAGGGUUUUACAAAAGGGUUGGACUGCAAACGAGCUUUUCUCCAUCACUGGAAUCUGUUUGUAUCUUGAUACAUGUUAUGAUUAGGUCCAGAAGAUACGAUGAUGCGUUAGUUUUUAUGAAUAACUUGCUGCAAACAAUGUGUUAUUCUCAUUUAGAUGUUCUGGAAGGCUUAUGGGACAGUUAUAAUCCCGAAAUUUCAUGCCCUCAUGUGUUUGAUACAUUAAUUAGGGCUUGUACUUCUUUUGGUGACAUGAAUUCUGCACAUGAAGUGAUUAUAAACUUGAGAAUGGAAAAGAGCUUUCAUGUUUCAGUUCAUGCUUGGAACAACUUCCUGAAUCAUCUUAUAAAGUCCAAUGAGCUAAAUUCUUUUUGGAAAAAGUAUACCGAAAUGAUUUCAUAUGGUUAUACAGAGAACAUUUAUACAUAUAAUUUGGUUGUAUAUGCCCUUUGUAAAGAAAUGCGAUUAUAUGAAGCGAUUAGUAUAUUCUACCGAAUGUUAAAAGUAGGAAUACAUCCAAAUGUGGUUACUUUCAAUAUGAUUAUCAAUGGUGCGUGUAAAAUAAGUGAUAUUGAAUUGGGGUUAAAGUUGUAUAGGAAGAUGGGAAUCAUGUCAAUGGAGUACAUUAACCCUAAUUCCAUUACUUUUAAUUGUCUCAUUAACGGGUAUAGCAAGUUAGGAAAUAUGAAAUCCGCAGAAAGCCUUAAGGAUGAAAUGACGAAAAUGGGCAUCAAACCGAAUUUAAUUACAUAUGCAACUUUAGUCAACGGGUAUCUGAGAAAAGGGUGUAAGAAAGACGCGUUUAGGUUAUGUUCUCAUAUGGUAGAUAAAGGCAUAGCUCCAAAUAAUGUUGUUUACAAUUCAAUCAUUCAUUGGCUUUUCUUUGAAGGUGACACCACAACAGCUUCAGUUUUCUUAUCAUACAUGAUAAAAACCAACAUCUUAUUCGAUAAAUUCACUAAUUCUAUAUUAGUUACCGGAUUAUCAAGAAACGGGUACUUAAAUGAAGCUCUGGAUUACCAUAAAUGGCUUGUGGGAAAGAAUCUUGUUGAUAAAGAUCUUUUCUUGGAAAACACCCUUGUUCAUUAUCUUCUUAGAAGUGGGAAUGAAUCAACAUUGAAGGUAAAACAAGUUCUUGAUGAUAUGAUUGCUCGUGGACUUUCUUUAGAUAGUGUCACUUAUGGUUCUAUGAUUGAUGGAUUUAGCAAACAAGGGAGCAUAUCAAAUGCAAUUAGGGUUUAUGAUGAUAUGAUAAAAGAGGGCAAGAAACCAAAUUUAGUGAUCUAUAAUUCAAUUGUGGAUGGUUUAUGCAAGAAUCUUUCGGUGGAUUUAGCCAAGAUUAUGGUGGAUGAGUUAAAGAAACUCGGGUUAUUUGAUGUUGUGACUUUAAAUAGUUUGUUAAAUGGUUUUUGUGCGAAUUGGAAUAUUAAUGAGGCGUUGAAUUUGUUUUUUCAAAUGCAGGAAGGGAAUUUAGUGAAUGAAGUGACGUAUAAUAUACUUGUGAACUUUUUUUGCAAAAUUGGAUCGAUUCAAGAAGGGAAGGAAAUUAUGGAGAUGAUGAUGGUGGAUGGGGUUGCUCCAAAUUCUAUAACUUAUACAAUUCUUGUUACAAAUGCUUUUAAAAAGAGUAAAGUAGGUUGUUAUUCUAGGGAGGAAGUGAUUGAAUUGCAUGAUGAUUUGAUGGUCAAAGGGGUAAAACCGGAUGGUCAAACGUAUGAUAAGAUUGUUGGUCCAUUGAUUGGUGAGGAAAGUUUUGAGAUUUCAUAG